AGAAUAGCUUUGAAAUCUCUAGAUUUAAGCUGGGUUGAAAAAUUCUCAUCCCUUACCCUUUCAGAAGACGACAGUACCAAUGUUAUCGAGAGACAGGGUAGUGAACCUUUCCAGUCGAAUUUAAGUGAAGGAUGGGCACUUCAUAAGCCAAAAGGUGGCGCUCUUCGCUUCUCAGAGAAAGUAAGACAGUAUCUCACCUCCAAGUUUGAAAUUUGUGAGCAAUCUGGAAGGAAAGAGGAUCUGCGACAAGUUUCGCAAGAUAUGAGUAAAGUGAAGAGGGAAAACGGGGAGCGCCUGUUUUCCCGGGAAGAGUGGCUAACCAAAGCCCAAAUACAAGGAUUUUUCUUCUGUUUGUCCUCCUCGAGAUGGAGACGGGCAGGUUCGUCUCCGAACACCGCGGUUGACGAUAAAUCUAACGAGGAAUUAAUUGACGAGGAAGAAGUGAAUCAGAUGACCACCGUCGAAUCAGUUGUAACAGAAAUUGGCUUAACGCAUCCGAUUGCCUAUGACAUUUAUGACUUGUGUGACUACGUCAAGGAGGAAAUAUUGUACUAUUUUACUGUUUCCAUGCUUAAGGAAAUCUGUACUUUCUUCGAGCUCCCAUUUAAAUGGGGGUCGUGCAGAGGCAUGUAUGGGGCGAAG